AUGACGAUUAAAAAGGAAGUUUUCAAGGAGGUGCUUGGGAAUUUAUUUGGGUCGUUUUCAAAUGUUCCGCGGAGAGUUGGUAUUGGUCUUUCUGGUGGUCCUGAUUCGAUGCUUUUGACAUGGUUAUUGAAACUGUUGAAUGAUAAACUUGUUAAAGAGCAGCAGUUUGAGAUUCAUGCAAUGACAGUUGACCAUAAUUAUCGUAAAGAAUCCUCAAAGGAAGUAGGAGACUUGGCAGAAAUUAUGAGUCGAUGGGGUAUUAAGCACUCGGUGAGGAAACUAUACUAUGGUGAUAUUGACCCUAGGCAUAUCACCAAUUUUGAAGAAGUUGCUCGAGCCAAAAGAUUUGAUGCGCUAAACUCAAUUUGCAACGAAUAUGACAUUCCUGUUAUAUUCUUGGGUCAUCACAAUGACGACCAAGUUGAAACUUUUGUUCAGAGAUUACAAGGAAACUCGUCGAUUUUUGGCCUUGCUGGAACGCGAGCAAUCUCCUCUUUACCUAUGAAUAGGGACCUUUCGCCACUCGAAUUGCUCAAAUACAAGCGUGUCAAUUUAGUGCGGCCUCUUUUAAACUUUACCAAGGACGAUAUUACAAACAGUUGUAGGGAUUUUGCUGUGCCGUAUUUUACUGAUCCUACAAAUAGCAACACGAGUCUUACUCGGAGAAACUACUUGAGAAGCUUAUUUGGCAAGAAACUUCCUCAAUUGUUGAAGGAUUUCAAAGAAAAUGGUUUUUCACAAAAUGAUGAGUUUUUCUAUACCACCAUUAUGAAGCAAAGCUUACUGGCGAGCCAUCGUGAAUGCACCAAAUUAGUUGAAUUGUUUGAAGCGAAAGCACACGCAUUGCACAAGAACUUAUUAGAGGAUAAUAAGCUAGUCAAAGACGACUCACUUGCAAAGUUAACCAUAGAAAUGCCGAAAAGAUGUUUUACAAGUGCCAACACGCUUGUUACAAGUAGAUUCCUUUACCAAAUCUUGUACCCAUACUGCACAUUGAACCAUUACCAUUGGGCCUAUGCCAAACUAGAAAGACAAGUGGUACCGAAAAUUGCAAGUAUUGCAAAGACAAAUGCACUGGGAACCUCAAAAGUAACAAUGAUGAAUUUGAUUUUCCAAGUGACAAAUAACGCAUCUGCAUCUACAAUAAACUUGGAAAUUACACGAGCACCUCUUUCUCGAAGAGAACUUGAAGAGACAAAGUUGAGUCUUUGUCUUGGCCAAGAAUGGUCAGACUGGGUUUUAUUCGAUAAACGAUUUUGGCUCUGUUUCCAAUCAGAAAAGUAUUUAGGCUGUGAAAUUGAGAUUUUGCCUUAUAAGCAUAAGGAGAUGUCAAAGAAGGUGAAUGAAAAAUUGUACAACUCCGGCUCGAUAAGAAUAGGAGUUCAUUUGGAUACCCUUCCUGUUGUACUUUUAGAUAGUAGCAUCGUUGCUUUCCCAACAAUAGGUCUUGGAGUUGAAGAUAUCGCAAUGAGAUGGCUGUUGAAAGCAAACAAAUUUAAUUACAAACCAACCAUUGACACUAUCGACUAUCACUAUCGAGCGAAGCGAGAUAGUGGAGAGAGACUAGACGAGUGA